CCACACAGCAACCAGUAAGUGGUGACUAAUGAUUAAAACACAUCAAACAAACAGCAGUAAACAGAAACGGAACGAUUUAUAUUAGUCAGUGGACUGCCAGGCGCCGAUCAAAAGCAGCAUUUAGAGCUGUUAUAGUGUUAAAAUAAUCUUCAACUGCUAAACCAAAACUUCCUGUUUCCUAAAAGCAAUUGUGUGCGCAUUACUAGAAACUGUUUAUUUUGGCUCUACGCAUUGCAUAGCUUGCACCGGGACAUUAAAUAGACACUGCUACCAUGAUGACAGAAUUAGACCUCUGGCUCAUUAUGACACUGAAGAUCACACUAACCCUUUGUAAAACUGAAAUGGCAAAUCCGAAGAACCAACCGUGUGAUAUAUAUGACAAUGUAACCGCAAUGACGGUGAAGGUUGACUGCCAUGGACGUAGACUCCAAGUGGUUCCAAAGUUCUUACCAAACACAACCGACCUUGAUCUAUCUGAGAACAGGAUCAAGAACAUAACAGCCGAAAACUUCCAAGACCUGGCAAAUCUGACCCAUCUAAAUCUAAACUGGCUGAAUGACAAGUAUAAGGUUCUUGUUGGCGCCGGGGUGUUUUCGAAUAUGACCAAGCUACGUAAACUGGAGCUGAACGGGAUCGGACUAAAGGACGUACCAAAAGAUAUUCCAAAGAAUCUGCAAGAACUAAAGCUGGUUGAGAACAAGAUCACCCGGUUAAACUCAGCAUCCUUCGGGCAUUUGCGAAACCUGUCACUCAUUUACCUUUCGAGAAACUGCUACUACUGGAAUCCUUGCUCGAGGUAUCACAUAGAAGAUGGAAGUUUUUCUGCCCUGAGCAAGUUGAAAAACCUUACUUUGUCUUUUAACAACUUAACUCAAGUCCCCAAAGGAUUACCUGUCUCACUGAUGAAACUAGAGCUUGCUUCAAACAGAAUAUCGUACGUCGGAGAGCAUGAUUUCCAAGGACUCGACAAUCUGAUAAGUCUAAAUAUCCAAGGGAAUUGUCCAAGGUGUCAUACGGCUCCAUAUCCGUGCAUUCCGUGUAAAAAUGUUUCCAUUGAAAUUCAUCCCCGAGCCUUUGCCGGCCUCGGAAAGCUGCGGAUUCUGGACCUCGCUGGAAAUUCGAUCGAGAAAAUCGAUCCUACUUGGUUUGCAAACAUCUCAAAGCUUGAGCAACUCUACCUGUCGUUUAACUUCUUGUUCGAGGCUGUUCAAAAUAAUGUAUUCUUGAAUAAUCUGCCACUGCUGAGGAAACUCGAUCUCUCGUUUAACUACGCUCUCAAGAUUUACCCCACCACGGUUAAAAUAUCGCCCAGCUUUGCGAACUUAACCUCGCUGAGGACGCUGCACCUUCGUGGUUUGGUUUUUCAAGAGAUCCAGGAAGAGACCUUCAGCUCUCUGUACGGUUUACGAAAUCUGUCGGUGUUGGAUGUAGGAGUGAACUUCAUUGUCCGUGCAAAAGCGGAAAUAUUUGAAAAAUUUCAACAUGUGAAACUAAUCUAUCUUUCGGAAAACAGACUUUACCCGGAGUUGCGUAAAGAUGCAGGCGUUGGUUUGAAAUCAUCAUCCGUGAUGACCUCGAUGUCAGAUCCUGUUCCUAAAGGGAAUUCUUUCGACAUUCCAGAAGAUCUUGUAAAACCAGAGUGCUCCGCCACCGGCCGAGUGUUGGAUCUCAGCCGAAAUAACCUGUUCUUAAUUACUCCUGAACAGUUUCAGCCAUUCGGGAACAUAUCUUGCCUCAAUCUCUCAGGAAACGGCUUUGCCACGGCUCCGAAUGGAUCUGAAUUCACAUCGCUCCCAGACCUCAAAUAUCUGGACUUGUCCUCCAACAGAAUUGACCUGGCAUACGAUUACGCUUUCCGAGAGUUACAGAGUCUCGAGGUGCUAGAUCUUAGUGACAACUCCCAUUACUUCACUGUGGAAGGCGUGACCCUCAAUUUGAACUUUCUCAAAUAUCUUCCCUCCUUGAAAGUGUUGAAUAUGAGCAACAACCGAAUCUAUACGUUAACCACCAAAACCAUGUCAAGCAAGUCUCUUCAAGAGCUGCAAUUCCAGAAAAAUAAACUCGGUAGGAUGUGGAGGUUGAAAGACCAAACCUACGAUAGGUUAUUCGAAGACUUGACCAAUGUGACCCAUCUCGACAUAUCCCUUAACAACAUUAAGACGAUCCCUUUUAGGAUCUAUACAUAUCUUCCCAAAUGCAUUCAAAAGUUGGUAUUAAGCGAAAAUCGCCUGACAAGCAUUAGUUGGGAAUUAUUGAGACAAUUCCCUCAUCUACGAGAGCUCAUUUUAAGCAAAAACAACAUCCUUAAAAUAUCUAGUAACUUGUCAAGCGACGUCCCUUCUUUACAGUUCCUUAAUCUGUGGCACAACAGGAUAUCCGAGCUUUCCAGUGGAUUCCUCCAGGGAGCGGUAAACCUAGAGAGGCUUGAUCUCGGUCACAACAAACUCAUAAACAUCAACCAGUCCACGUUUCCAUCUGAAAACGAGAUUCACCUAAAGACGCUGUGGCUCAAUGGCAACCCUUUCCAUUGCACAUGCAACAUGUUUGAUUUUGUUCUGUGGAUUCGCAAGACUAAAGUGAAGAUCCCUAAACUGGUGACUGCGGUGACAUGUGCCAUGCCUGAGGAGAGGCAAGGUAUAGCAGUAAUACAAUUUGACAUUACAGAAUGCAAUGACGACCAGUUGGCAUUUCUGGCGUAUUUCUUCUCCACUUUUUGCAUUAUAUGCACCACAUUUGUGGCUGUCGCAAUGCACCUUUUCUACUGGGAUGUUUCCUACUUAUUCUACUAUGUGAAAGCCAUAUUUACUGGGUAUCAGAAACUGAGCUCUGACAGCUGCAUCUACGAUGCCUUCAUCACCUACGACACCAAGGACACACAGGUGUCUGAAUGGGUGCUCAAUCACCUGCGAGUGCAGCUGGAGGAACAAGGCGAGCGAUUCCUGCCCAUCUGUCUGGAGGAACGGGACUGGAUUCCCGGUUCUCCGGUUCUGGACAGUCUGACGCAGAGCAUCCAGCACAGCCGCAAAACCGUCUUCGUCCUGACCGAGCGCUACGUGAACAGCGGCUCCUUUAAGAUGGCCAUCUUCCUGGCGCACCAGAGGCUCCUGGAGGAUAACGAGGAUGUGAUCGUGCUUCUGCUGCUGGAGCCAGUGUUACAGCACUCACACUUCAUGCGGCUGCGCAGGCGUCUCUGCGGACGCAGUGUCCUCGAGUGGCCACAUUCACCGUCCGCCGAGGCCUGGUUCUGGCAGUCGCUGCGCAACGCCAUCCGAGUGGACAACCAGGCCAUGUACAGCGACCUCUACAGCAGAUAUCUCACCACUAAAUAGGAGGAACGAUGCACAAAACUGGGUUGAGCUACAGAAACAAAAUGAAAACCAUGUUAGUGAUGUGAAAUUUGUGUAUUGCAUUCAAUUCAAAAAGCAUGAAUCUCCAUGAAAUUAUUAUUUUAUAGUUUUAGAUUUCUGUAGGAUAUAAAGUGAAAGCAAAGAACAACAGUAAACAGAUAGAGGAAAAAAGGAAGGGUUUUUGAAAUAAAAUCUCACUUGAAACAUUAUAAUGCAAUCUGUUGAAACAAAAUGAUUUAACACUCAAUCCAAACCUUUUCUUUUCGCACACAAACACAUAGUAAGAUGUGAAGGAGCAUUAAACAAGGAGCAUCAACAAGGUUUCCUAAUUAUCUUGUUUUUUUACUGUAACAUUUUAACAUUUCUAAUGGAAAUGAGCUGAACACACAUGAUAAAUCCUUCUGUUGGUCAUUCAUGUUAAUUAGUUGCAUUUUAUACUAUAGAUAGAUAGAUAGAUAGAUAGAUAGAUAGAUAGAUAGAUAGAUAGAUAGAUAGAUAGAUAGAUAGAUAGAUAGAUAGAUAGAUUCUUUUUUUCUUUUUUGUUAAUCUGAAACACAAACUCACCUGUAAAAUCUUGUGAAAUAAUUUCCCUUUGCAAAAAAAAAGCAAGAUCAACAAGCAACACCCGUUUUCAUAUUUUUCAUCAUAAAAGGAUGAAAAACUGCAGGAAAUGUUUGUGUCAGUUAUUUUUAUUGUUGUAAAAUUUAUGUAUUUCAGGUGGAAAUGUGUUGUACUAUCAUGAAUACAAGAUCAAUCCUUUAUUUUCACUAAUGUUUUAAUUAGUUUGUUGUAUUUUGACUGACGAUGAGCAUUUGUUUCAUAUCUUUCUUCAAAACAUGAUGAAAAAAGGCUGGAAAUUUCCAUUCUUUUUAUUUAUUUUUUAUUGUAUUUUUUUAUAUACUGUAUAUACAGCAACAUGUGUGGAUUUGAAAUUGAAAGUGAAAAGGAGCAAUACAGUACAAUCCUUCCAAAUCCUUCACUCGUUUACUGAUAUUUUAAUUAGUCUAUUGUAUUUUAUUGCCUAUUUGUUAUCCUUUUUUUAAGGUAGAAUUUGAUCUUGAAAAAUGUAAAUUCAAACUAUUAAAAUAAAUAAAACAAACUUCAUUGUUUCUCUUUGCAAGCACACACUCAAUAAAAUUAUAGAUGCAAAGAAACAUUUAUCAAGGAACAUCUGUUUCCUAUUUUCAUCAUAACAUGAAGAAAAAGCACAGCCAAUUUGGCAAGGAAGUGUUUAACUGUUGCUAACAGUAUGCUAGCAGCUAACUCGAACUGAUCACACACACUUCCUGUUACGAUCACGAUCAGUUUUCCUCCCGUGCCAGAUAAAUACGGUUUC